GGCGCCAUGAAAUCCCACUGAGGAAUUAAAGCCCUUUGUGUUGCCAUGGUGCUGGUGGAGUGACAGGACAAGAAGCAGAAGGAGGGAUUUAGGAAGAAGGGGGAGGGACUUAAAGGCACACACUGCGUUACGAUUGGCUGUAGUCAUGUCACAUGUGACCUUUGGAAUGCAAAUGCCUAACCCCCCCACUUUCUCUCUCUAUCUGCUGUCUCUCUCUCUCUCUCUCUGGUCUGUGGUAAGCUUACGGCACAAACACAACCCAGAAAUGGUGUAGGAUAGCCGGAAAGCCGGACGAAAUCCAAUCCUAGGAAGGAAAGGCGAAGCCACAGCGUAAGUUUGCGUCGAGUGUGGAAGCAGGGUGGUCGGGGUUCAAAGGUAAAGCAUCGGGGCGGCACGAUGGAGGGUGAGCACAGCACGCCCUCCUCCAGCGCCAGCAGCAGCAGCACAGGAACCAGUACCUCCACUACAAACUCAACGGGCACAACCAGUGGCUCUACAGCCAGCUCCACCAUCACCAGUUCAAGCAGUGGAAGACAAGCCAUUCCCCAGAUAUCCGUAUACAGUGGUAUUCCCGACCGCCAAACUGUGCAGGUGAUCCAGCAGGCCUUGCAGCGGCAGCCCAACACAGCGGCACAGUACCUGCAGCAGAUGUAUGCAGCUCAACAGCAGCACCUGAUGCUACAGACAGCGGCGUUACAGCAUCAACACCUCAGUCCAGCGCAGCUGCAGAGUCUGGCAGCGGUGCAGCAGGCCAGUUUAGCGGCUGGUAGACAGAGUUCGAACCAGAAUGGGACCUCUUCUACUCAAAGCGGGCCAUCGCAGACCACAAUUAAUUUAACCACUUCCCCUGCCGCUGCUCAGUUGAUCAGCCGCGCACAAAGCGUAAACUCCGCCCCCUCCGGGAUCUCCCAGCAGGCCGUGCUGCUUGGCAAUGCAUCCAGUUCCACCCUGACAGCCAGCCAAGCCCAAAUGUACCUGCGGGCACAGAUGGCUCAGCAAAGCAACCUUGUGCACGUGGCCAGGAGUUUGGGCCGAGCCGUUCCUCUCUCUUCUCAGCUGAUCAUCGCGCCAACAGCAACAGUAACCGCUCUGCAGUCUGACACUAAUGCAACCAAUAGCACACAGUCUGCAUCUGCACAGGUACAAAAUCUCACCCUGCGAAGCCAGCAGGGGGCGCCUUCCACCUCUCAGUCUUCAGGCCUUCAGGCUCUGAGUUUAAAGCAGACCUCGGUCUCCAUUCAGCCCACCCCACUCAUCAAGACCCCCAGCCAGGCUGCACCCACCUCGGGCACCGGAGCCGGGAAGAGCCACCCUUCAUCGGAUGACAGGAAGAACGGAGAGUCCGAAACGCAAACGGAGAUGAAAGCUGUGAACAUGAGUCGUAGUGUCUCCUCUUCACAUCCCCUAAUCGCACCAGCGUACGCUCAGAUCCAGCCACAGGCCUUGAUUAAGCAGCAGCCUCAACAGUUUGUCAUUCAUCCCCAAGCCCCGCCCACCUCCAGAACUCAGCCCCAAUUACUGCAGACCGCCUCCAUUCAACCUCACCAACAGACAGCCUCAUUGGGCAUCCAGAACUCCACCCAGACCUCCACCGUAACAGGGAUCAUUCCGGUUUUGCCCAAACCGGCACUUUACAACCAGGGAUCGGCACAAAGUCAACAAGCUACUAUCUUCCAUUCAACCAUCAGCCAUCAUCCAAUUAACCAGCAUGGCUCACACACGUGCCUGGCACACGCUAAAGCACAACCGGUCCAGCUGACAGCCAUCAAUCUUCAAAUACAACCUGCACAAAGCCAGGCUUCAAGACUUGCUCAGGAGGAUAAAGAUAAACCCACCUCUUUGGUAUUAAGGGAGAUUUGUCCACCGGUACAAGUACAUCCAUCUACAACGUCCCAGGGCACCGACCCCCCAGAACAAUCCAAAGCUGAAACCGCUAACGCUACAUCUCAAACACAAGGCUCCGUGGAGACCGCGCUCGAGCCCACAGGAGCACCGGGGACGUCGACCAUGACCUCGGGAGCCUCGGACCCUCCGUCAGCUGUGACGGGAAGCACGGCGCAAAACGGCGAGAACAAGCCGCCUCAGGCCAUAGUGAAGCCGCACGUCCUGACACAUGUCAUCGAGGGCUUCGUUAUCCAGGAAGGUGCUGAGCCAUUCCCUAUGGAGAGGCCUCCGGUGCGGGCAGACAGCCCCAAGAAACCAGACACGCAGCUUCCCUCAGAUCCGGAGAAAACGGGCAGCAGUAAUUCCUUCAGUGCCACAAACUCAGACAUGGAUGAGGCCGGACCACAAGACACAAUGGCUCAGGAGGAGCAGGAGGAGCCAAAAUUUACCUGUGAACUUUGUGGAUGGGUUGAUUUCGCCUACAAAUUUAAGGGUUCAAAACGGUUCUGUUCCAUGGUCUGCGCUAAAAGGUACAAUGUUGGUUGCACAAAGCGGAUGGGUCUGUUCCACCCUGACAGAACUAAAACGGUGGCCAAUCGGUGGAGAAGGAGAUCUCACAGUCACAGAGGCAGAGAAGCCAAGAAGCAGCGCCUCUCCGUAUCUCAGCAGUCUCAGGGAGAAUCCGUAUCCUCACCACUUCAAUCUCAGCCCAGCCAGGGAGAAUCCAGUCCCUGUUCAGAUAUCUCCAGCUAUGAGGAGGCAGCUUCCCCACUUUCGGCUGCGAGUUCUGGUCCAAUCGAGUCUCAAGGUAGAGUCGCUGCUAAUGAUCCUGAAGAGCUUCCUCUCCUCAGUCAACACUUCCUACCGUGUGACCCCACCAAAUGGAAUGUGCAGGAAGUGUUCGAAUUUAUUCGCUCUUUGCCUGGUUGCCAGGAGAUUGCCGAUGAGUUUCGUGCUCAGGAGAUUGACGGACAGGCCAUGCUGCUACUAAAGGAAGACCACCUAAUGAGUGCCAUGAAUAUUAAAUUGGGACCCGCCCUUAAGAUCUUCGCCCGCAUAAACAUGCUAAAAGAUUCCUAGGCGGUAUCUGUGUAUCAAGUGUGUCCUCUGCCACUGAAACUUGAUCAAGGGACUUCAGAACCCCAAACUGCACUACAACAGAUUUCAAAUAGUAAAAAAAAACGCCUUGUGGCUUUAUAUAUAUUUCGGGACUAAUGUCUAAACCUGCACUUCCUCAUAACAAGAACUGAAAUGAAUUCAGCCAGAACAAAAAAAUGACUCGUCUACCUAUGAAGAAUCGCACAAAUGAUAUAUACCAAAUGGAAGGAUCGUGAAUUGAUUUCAUUGUCGAUCAGAGAUUUGGAAUGAUGACUGGGACUCACAGGUGGCUACCUGGUGCUCAGAAAUAUUUGGAAAAUGUAGGCAAAAGAAGGCUGAAGCUCCAUGAUGUGGCUCCAUAACUCCUGAAAGAUAUAUUUGGACUGUACAUUAUUGUUAUUGUUACAAGUGUGACAUCACAGAUGCUUUUGUACAAAUAUGUUUAAGUAAAUUAUUCUUACCUUUGUAUUUGUUACAGGGGUUGAAUCACAGCAAACCGGUGCUAUUUAACUCAGUCGCAAUUGUUUUCAGAAGACUUGUAAUACAGAAGUAAAGGAACAGAAUUUUGAAUCUAAAAAAAAAAGAUACAACCUGUAGCCUUAUGUUGUGUGUCAAUACAGACAUGCUACACCUGGUUCUGAGAUGCACAUUAAAUCGUAUUUAACUUUGGGAAUGAUGAUGAUGUUUAUGGUUUUAAAUGUGCUCAGAUUUGUCAUUGUAUGUUGAUAGGAUUGUGAUGUGAUUUUUGUUUAGUACAAUGCUUUGUGAAAUGCCUGUAUUUAUCAGAUGAAUCAAAUUUGUAAUAUAACAUUUUUUACUGAAGGA